UGAUGGGAUGCUCAUGAAUAUCCAUGACACUUAUGCAUAUUCAUGAAGCAAGAGUGUGAUUGACAGCCCGCUCACCUGAACCGUUUCCUGGAGCGCCCUCAAAAGGCCUCUCUGUCUCCAGCCUGGGAUCUGCCCCCACCUGGAUGGGCUCAGUAAGGACCUAGUUCCUUCAGCUCUGAGGCCUGAGAAUGAGAGCAGAGCUAGAAGCUAUUCAGGUGUCCAGAUCCUGCCCCUAGUCCCUAGCUGGAGGUGACAGGUGGAGGACACCUUGGAGGCUGGGACCUUGGCUCUGCAUCCUCAUGCCUUCAGUACCCAGCACCAGACCUUGUACAAAGGAAGAGCUUACCUGUUGAGGAGCAGACUGUGAAGGGGCACAUCAGCCCAGAAGGAGAAAGCAUGCUGAGUGGCCGUGUGGGAUCGGGCGGACGUCUGCGGGCAUUUUGCAGAGUGAAAGGAAAAUUUAGGAGAGAUUGCAUGGAGUCCUAACGAGGCGGGAGAUGCCACCACGUUGAAGGAAGCAAGAAGAUGAUGAGGACUCCACGAAAUGAAACCAGGACACUUAUGGCUGCAUCUCACGCUGCUCGGGGCCUCCCUGCCCGCUGCGCUGGGCUGGAUGGACCCAGGACCCAGCAGAGGCCUGAACGUGGGUGUGGGUGACCCACAGACAGAGGAGUCCAGAAGCGUUGAAGUCACAAGAAGAGAAGGACUUUCUGGCCACAAUGGGCUGCCAGCCUCCUGUGGGAAGAAGUUCUGCAGCCGCGGGAGCAGGUGCACGCUCAGCAGAGAGACGGGGGAGCCUGAAUGCCGGUGCCUGGAGGCAUGCAGGCCCAGCUACAUGCCCGUGUGCGGCUCCGAUGGGAGGUUUUAUGAGAAUCACUGCGAGCUCCACCGAGCCGCCUGCUUGCUGGAGAGGAAGAUCGUCAUUGUCCACAGCAAGGACUGUUUCCUUAAAGAUGACCCGUGCACCAUGGCCGACUAUGCCCGCCUGAAGAAUGUCCUUCUGGCUCUCCAGACCAACCGGCAGCCACUCCCAGAUGGGGACAGCAGACAAGACCCUGCCUCCCAGAAGCGCCUCCUGGUGGAAUCUCUGUUUACAGACUUGGAUGCAGAUGGGGACAGCCACCUCAGCAGCCCUGAACUGGCGCAGCACGUGCUGCAGGAGCAGGACCCGGAGGACGACUUCCUGGGGUGCUCGCCCGGCGACCUCCUCCGAUUUGAUGACUACAACAGCGACGGCUCCCUGACCCUCCAUGAGUUCUACACAGCCUUCCAGGUGGUUCAGCUCAGCCUCGCCCCUGAGGAGAGGGUCAGUGUGGCCACGGUGACCGUGGGGCUGAGCACCGUGCUGACCUGCGCUAUCCGUGGAGAGCUGCGGCCACCCAUCAUCUGGAAGCGCAAUGGGCUUGCCCUCAACUUCAUGGCCUUGGAAGACAUCAAUGACUUCGGAGAGGACAACGCCCUCUACAUCACCAAGGUGACCACCGUCCACAUGGGCAACUACACGUGCCACGCCUCCGGCCAUGAGGAACUCUUCCAGACCCACGUCCUGCAGGUGAAUGUGCCGCCAGUCAUCCGCGUGUAUCCAGAGACCCAGGCACAGGAGCCUGGGGUGGCAGCCAGUAUGAGAUGCCACGCAGAGGGCAUUCCUAUGCCCAGAAUCACUUGGCUGAAAAAUGGCAUGGAUGUCUCAACCCAGAUGUCGAAACAGCUUUCCCUAUUAGCCAAUGGGAGCGAACUCCACAUCGGCAGUGUUCGGUAUGAAGACACAGGGGCGUAUACCUGCAUCGCCAAAAACGAAGUGGGCGUCGACGAGGAUAUCUCCUCACUUUUCAUCGAAGACUCAGCUAGAAAGACCCUUGCAAACAUUCUGUGGCGAGAGGAAGGCCUCAGCGUGGGGAACAUGUUCUAUGUCUUCUGUGACGAUGGCAUUGUCGUCCUGCACCCCGUGGACUGUGAGAUCCAGAGGCACCUUAGACCCACCGAGAAGAUCGUCAUGAGCUAUGAAGAAAUCUGUCCCCAAGGGGAAGGAAAUGCCACCCAGCCGUGCCAGUGGGCCUCAGCAGUGAAUGUCCGGAACCGGUACAUCUACGUGGCCCAGCCAGCUCUGAACAGAGUCCUCGUGGUCGACGUGCAAGCCCAGAAAGUUCUAGAGUCCAUAGGUGUGGACCCCCUGCCAGCUAAGCUGUCCUAUGACAAGUCUCACGACCAAGUGUGGGUCCUGAGCUGGGGGGACAUGCACAAGUCCCAACCGAGCCUCCAGGUGAUCACAGAAGCCAGCACUGGCCAGGGCCAGCACCUUACCCGCACACCCUUUGCAGGAGUGGACGAUUUCUUCAUACCCCCGACAAACCUCAUCAUCAACCACAUCAGGUUCGGCUUCCUCUUCAACAGGUCGGACCCCGCCGUGCACAAGGUCGAUCUGGAAACUCUGGUGCCGCUCAAGACCAUCGGCCUGCGGAGCCAUGGCUGCGUGCCCCAGGCCAUGGCCCACACCCACCUGGGCGGCUACUUCUUCAUCCAGUGCCGACAGGACGGCCCCGCGUCCGCUGCCCCCCAGCUGCUGCUCGACAGCGUCACGGACGCAGUGCUUGGCCCCAACGGGGACGUGAGCGGCACCCCACACGUGUCCCCCGACGGGCGCUUCGUGGUCAGCGCCGCCCCCGGCAGUGCCCAGCUGCACGUGCAGGAGGUCACGCUGCGGGGGCAGAUCCGCACCCUCUACAGCCUGCCCACGAGCCGGGGCGUGUCCGACGUGGCCUUCCAGCCCUCGUUCACCCAGGGCGGUCAGUACUGCGCGUAUGCCGCCGCAGCCAGCGGCCCGGGCCUGCUCUUCCUGGAGCUGUCCACGGGCAAGGCGGGCGUGCUGGAGGACCUGAAGGAGCCACCCGCGGGCCCGGCCUGGCCUUGGGGAGGGCCCCGCCGGAUCGUGAGGGACAGCGGCCUCUUCGGCCAGUACCUGCUCACGCCGGCCCGGGAGUCGCUGUUUGUGGUCAACGGGAGACAAAACGCGCUGCGCUGUGAGGUGGCGGGCGUCAGGCGGGGGACCACGGCCGUGUGGGUGGGCGAGGUAUGAAGGGGCCCCCACGCAGAGCCCCGGGCCACCGAGCUCCGCCUCGUCCUCACGCCGCAGCCCCAGGCAGGCGCCCUGUACAUUUUUACGGACAAAAGCAAAACCUGUAUUCGCUUUGUGGUUCGACGCUGGUCUUCUUGCAAGUCUCCUAGUCUACGGUAUGCGCUGCUCCCCAGAGUGGGGUUUUUCGUUGGGAAGUAUGAUUUAUGCCUUGAGCUACGGUGAGCACACAGGCUGCUGUGUAAAGGAAUCAUUUCUGUGCCCAGCUCCACGCCAUGUUACCUGGGGAGCCCGUGGAACCCAGAGCUCGCGCCCUCCCGGCUGACAUUCCUGUCGGUUGCCUUCAUGUACUCAUUGUCCCUCACGGUGGGCUCCGGCCAGGCUUCGCCCUGACCGAGUGGCCCGAAGCCGGGCCUCAGACAGGCUGGCCGGGAGCAGGGCUUACGCUCCAGGCCCGAGAGCCACGUCCGCCCGCCUCCUGGACCUUCUUUUCUCCUGCGCACCUGCUUCGUGCUUUUCUUUCCAUGUGACUUGGUGUAAGCCUGAGGGAGAGCCGACAGGACUUCUUGCAUCUUGGGGGAUGGGGAAAUCACUUACUUUAUUUUGGAAAUUUUGAUUAAAAGAUAAUUUUUUAUAAUCUCAAAUGCUAGUAAGCAGAAAGAUGCUCUCCGACGUCCAGCUCUGUUCCUCCCUGCCUUAGGCCAAGUCUCUGAGAGUCACCACCCCACGCCCCACAGCCAGAAAGAACAAUGGUCAUCCAAGACA